AUCGUAUCGGCCUUAUGGAUAGUAUUUGUUUUGUUUAGUGAAGGUGGCUGAGUGUUUUAUAGUAGCUUUUUUUUUUUUAAGCAACCUGUUUGUUUAAAGUGAAAUUUUCAAUGAUGAUUUCAUAUUUUUUAGUUAAUACAAGUAUAGCGAUUCAAUUAAUUGAAUGGCAACUUUAUGAAAUCUGUUUAAUGUUUACGUCUAGAAUUUUGCAUUUUGCUAGUGGUAGAUAUUGCAACAGUUCCAGUGUUAAGGAGGAGGGGAAAUGUUGUGACAAAUGUGAUAAAUUGGAGGCUCGACCAAUUGUGACAAAUAAGCAGUUGUGGGAAUUUGAUAUUCGAAGCAAGGAUAUAGAUUGGCGAAAUCUGGUGGUGCCAUUAGCUCCAAGGCAGAAUGCAGUCUAUCUGGGAAGUUUGUUUCCAUAUUUGAGCAGUAGUCGCGACACAGUCAACGAAGAAAACAAAAAAGAAGUUCUUGUCUGCCAUGAUAUGAUGGGAAACUACUUGGAAGAUCGGCAUUAUCAUUCCUCUACUAAGUAUGAUGACUAUCGUUUCUUUCACUGGUCUGGAGUGGAUUAUUUUUGUUACUUCAGCCACAAGUAUAUAACUAUACCUCCUUGUGGCUGGAUUAAUGCUGCUCAUUCUCAUGGAGUUAAAGUUCUAGGCACCUAUAUAACGGAGAGCUCUCCACCACUAGAGGAGAUGUUACGGACCAAAGAAAGUAUAGAUGCAACAAUAGAAGCGCUUGUCAAACUUUGCAAACACUUUUGCUUCGAAGGUUGGCUUCUUAACAUUGAGUGUAGAGUUGCUAAACAACUGGUGGAGAAACUUUUUUAUUUUGUCGAACAGCUUCGAGCUAGAAUUAGAAGUGAAGUAGAAAAUGGCAUAGUUUUCUGGUAUGACAGUGUCAUCGAUACAGGAGAUCUCAGUUGGCAAAAUGAAAUCAAUGAUCAAAAUGUUAGAUUUUUCAAACUAAGCGAUGCAACAUUGAUAAAUUAUACAUGGAAUGAAAAGAGUUUGGUGCGAACAGCCAACGUUUUGCGAACACAUGGCGAACCAGCUACAAAAUCAUUUUUUGGAAUUGACAUAUUUGGCAGAGGUCAAGUGGCUAAAUUUCAAACCAAACAAACACUUGCUAAACUUUCAAAAACUGGCUUCUCAUAUGGAUUUUUUGCUCCAGCUUGGACUUUUGAGACCCUUAGCCAAUUUGGAUAUGAUAUCAAAAAUUCUGGGGGAAAUGAUGAAGUCAACGAAGCUUUUCUAUUGAGAAAUGACAAAUUUUGGUGGUCGUUAUGGGAGUAUAUACCGACACACCCAUACAUCAGUUUACCGUUAUAUACUGACUUUUGCGUUGGGUCGGGAAAAGCCGUUUAUAAGGAAGGACGAAAAAUCAAAAACGGCCAGUUUUUCAGUUUGUCCAAACAAUCUCUCCAACCCUCUGUACCGUUGUAUAAUUGUGUUGAACGAAACUUUGAUAACGCUUUCAAUGGUGGAUCAAGCUUAAAAGUUAUUCAAAGUGACAUAAGCUUUCGACUCUUCACAACCGACUAUCCAAUUGAUGGAACUUUAAUUUUUGCAUAUGCCUACAAAUUGCAGAAAAUCGAUGGAGAGUUAGAUUAUAUUCUCCGAUUACAAAUGGAUGAGGGUGAAGGUGAUUGUUUGGUGUUCUUGGGGGAUUAUUUUAUUUCUAAAGUUCAACCCGGUCGAUGUUAUUUAUCUGCAAUAACUGAUAAUUAUGUUGAUGCAUUGAAAACGGUUCUUGAUGAAGGUGCGGUUGAUCUUAAAAUUCCAGUUAUUGGGAACGAUGAAUGGAAAAUUCGUUAUUACGUUUUAAAUUUUGAUACAACAGUCCAUGUCAAAGAUGUUGGUGUGCUCUUUAGGAAGGCAGAACUUGCAAAAGAGUCAGCCUACUUGGGUGCUGUUUAUUUAAAUAAUAUUGAGAGUAUAACUCUGCCACAGGAUAGUAAUGCAAUGUAUCUUAAAAUUAAAGAAGACUUCUUAAUGCACUGAUAUACAUAUAUGUAUAUAAUUAUUUUUUAUCACAAAAAUGUAUUCAUAAAAUAU